AUGACCUACUGGCGCUGCUGCUGUACUCAAACGGAAGGGGAAAGGACUCAAAUCAGACCAGGUUCAUCUCUGUUGAAGCGACCGACAUCGUCUGACGCGGUUUCGCGUCAGCGGUUUCUUUUACAAUCGGAAACAACCAAACAAGGCGAACUUCCCGCUAAACUCUAUUCGCUCCACAAAUCCAUUAAAAGUGGGAGCCAAACCGCUCCUCACAGGUAUCAGCACCGUUUUCUGUCGCUUCGCAUCACAACCAAGCUUUUUUUCUUCUUGUUCUUUCAGCUUAUCGAAGGUGCACAGACGCCUCUUUUCUCAUCCUUUUACCAGCGCCACACUUUUAGCUGCUGUCCAUGCUGUGCAUCUCUUAUUGGAAACAAGAACGUUUCUGCUGUGUUACGCAGACGUUGGUCACGUGUGUUGUUCUUCAACGUAGCGCCAAUGUCCUGGCUUUCUGUUAGUCUGCGUUGCGCGGCAUGA